AGCGUGUUCUGUAAGGGCAAUGCGAGAUAACUCAGCACAUGUAAGGCAAAACGCGAGACUACUUAGUUUCCGAACAGGCAUUUACUCCGAUGUUAUGUUAGGACGUUUACUUCUUCAAUCCGCCCAUUUCGUUCAACACUGUCCUUUAACGACGCUGUGAAUAUCGGCGGAUUUGAAAACUCGAAUUUAACUGUGUUUAGUUGGAUUUCAGUAAGUCUGUGAACUAUGACCGGUAAGUUAUGGCGACCACAAAGAACGAUGUUUUUGGCUUUCAUUUCGUGUACUGAUGUUCCUAACGUGCUGGUCUGCCAAAUAUAAACAUUAUAGACCUAAUGUAGACAUGUGGUACGUGAAUGACAAGAUUUUUUAUUUCUUCCUUCAUGAAAUAUGCUUGGUCAUAAUGACUGGAAUGUGAUCUACCUAGUAUUUCCUUGAAUAUUUUCUCACGUACUCGUGAAUGCGUGUACGAAUGUGAAACAUGUUAUAAUGUAUUCUUUGGGAUGGAAAGUAUCAUUUGAACUUUAACUGUGAAGUUACUUGUGAAUUUUCCCAAUCCGUGGUGAGAUUUGUGAGAUUCUUUCUUCAGAUGUUCUUGAGAAAUUCUGCUUCAUCAGUAGCGCGCCGUUCACUUUGUUUUUGUAUGAAUUGUAGAUUCGUUCAGGGCUGAGUUCUUUCAGCGUAGUCCGGUGCUUUCACCUACAACUUUAAAACCAGUUUGGGGAGACUGCCUUGUGUGCGGAGACCGUGGGACCGGGAAACAUUAUGGCAUUGUAGCUUGUGAAGGAUGUAAGGGCUUUUUCAAGAGAAGCGUGAGGAAAAAUUUAAAUUACAGUUGUCAAGGGAAUGGCGCCUGUCCAGUAGAUAAAAUUCACCGAAAUAGGUGUCAGAGAUGUCGCCUGAACAAAUGCCUCACCAUGGGUAUGAAGAAAGAAGGUAAUACAUCGCAGGAAAUGUUUUAAGUACAGAGUUAAUGUGGCUUGUCGGACUUACAUUACGUUGACCUUAAAAAUUGACAAAUUUUUCAAGAAAUCACUUAUGCAACAGUAAUGCCUCUCAAGGGUCUAUUGGUAAUAUAAUUUAGUUAAUGUUAUUGUAAUUUCUUUCUUUUGGAGUUUUAAAGUGUGGAAUAAGCUUUGGAAAGAAUACACAAUUCCAUUUUUUGGGAAUUAGCUUCGUCUAGAAUUGAACAGAAUUCUUGACGUUAACCUACCGGAUUCUUUCAGCUUCCUGGAGUCUGAUUUUAGUUGUAUUCGCGCGGUAUUAAAUUCAUUUGACUUCGAAAUCAACCAGUUAGAGUCCGAGCAAAAGUACAAGGAUUUGUUCCAAAUUUUGAAUUUUGCGGUCUUCGGCUAUGUUUUACAUCUCGUGGUCCUUGGGUUUUCCUUACACAUUACACGUGUUAGCGUGAGGUAUUAUUGGCAAAACGCGCGUAGAAACAACCAGAAAAAAGAUUUUCUGCAUGAUGCUAUCUCGAGAGAGGUCAUUUUCAUAAAAAUAAGAGUAUUUUCAAAGAAGCAUGUUAGUUGUCAGGUCGUCUUGUUUUUUUUCUUACUUUAGAUCUUGUUUGUCGAGCGAAUUUGCAUCUUCACGUGUCCAAACACGCUAAACAACGCAGAAAAUUCGAGGUCACGUUUUUUAUUUGCGUGAGUGAUGCGCGCGCGAGUCACGAAGUCUCAUGUGCUAAGUAAACACCAACAGCACGAGAUGGGGGGAAAAAAGCAAGUUACUGUACUUUUCUUUGUUGUACCAGUGAGUGGUUUAGGGAGGUCGCAAAUGUUCUAAGCAUCCUUUCAGAUCCUUAUACAAAAUCCAUUACUGUGAAACUGGAUCACAUACUCUGUUAUGUGAAAAUCCUGUAUACAGACUACCAUUGAUUAUGUAACAGUUCUGUCAUAUGUGCAACACGGACCGCGUACAUUUUUAAAUAUGUUUUCUGCUUAUGGCAACAGCCAUAAUGUUUAUUUUCAUGUGUACUUCUAUUUGGUUAGCAAACGUUAUCAAUAAUGCACAGUGGGAUUUUCUUCUUUCGCAGAGCUGUUGUUUAGAUUGAUCAGCCUGUUUCUCGUAUGUAAUUCAGCGAAACACAUUCUUACAUCUUAGUAAUUUGGCUUAAAAAAGGACAUUUCAUAAUAAUCACUGUCACUCAUCAGGUCUGUUGUGCUCGUGCUAUAUGUUAUGGCAUGCACUCAAGAUUAGCUUAAUGAAGGAUUACUUUUCAUGGUUCACUUAAGGGGCAAUACAUUUAAGUUACAUAAUGCAAAAAGAAUAAAGCAAGGAUGAAAAUGCAAAUAAUGAAAUUAGCUCUGCUAUGCAUGGGGCUAGGAAACUAAGUAUAGCAUUAGAGACACCCAGCUAUAAAUCUUUUCUGUAUGUAAUUCUAGUUUUUGAAUAUCAUAGGCAUAUCCAAUAUAUACAGCCUCAACUUGCUGUAACGUCAACUGCUUUAAAUUUAAAACAUGAUCUUGUAUUACAUAACAAACUCUGGCAGACAACACGUACGCACGUAUGUCACUGUGCUUCAAAUGAUACUAUCUUCAGGAGAAGAUGAUGCAUGCACUGCCAUGUGAAGUUUUAGAAUCCUUUACUAAUGAUUACACAAUGCCAUAUCCUGAAUGGUUUGCAUGCAGAAAAAGGCAUCUGAGUUUAAGUUGCCUUUUUUUUACUGUAACUAAAGCAAGCUUUUGAAAAUGUAAAAAAUUUACAAACAAUUUUUUGGGUUUUUCUUUACUUUUUUUUAAAUUUUAUUUUUAUCUCUAUGUAAGUUGUCCCAGAUGCACUUCUUACUUUUGUGUAUGAUUUGCACCUAUAUAUUUCAUCAAAGUUUUUUCAUUCAAAGCUUUGCCCUAAGAAGAGUAGUCAGGUAUUCUAGAUCCCUUUUGAUAUUUGAUGAGAACAUGUUAUAAAUGUGUUAUUAAACAUAUCCACAUGUACUGAAUCUUAUUAUAUUUGUCUCAGCUGUGCAAUGUGAAAGAAAACCACUUAUAAAGUCUGCAGAGGACAGUAGUGGGGAAAACCACACAAGAAGUGCAAGUUUGUCUCCUACAAAUCAAUCAAUGCAUUCAGUUUUUCUGGAAAAGACAGAAUCACCAUGUUUUACACCAAACAGCCCAUUGGCCUCAUCACCAGUGAAUGGCACACCUCAAAUGUCUCUCUCUCAAUUCCUCUCAUCAGAUCAGAAUGACUGCAUUCUAAAUCCUGAACAUCUUCAAUUUAAAUUGAAUCCUCCAACAUUGGGUGUUUCUACAUUAUCUAUGGAGUAUGUUUAUGAAAUAGCCACUCGUCUCCUAUUCCUGACAGUCGAUUGGGCACGUAGCAUACAAGCCUUUCGCAGUCUUGAUAAUAAUGAUCAACUUGUGUUACUACAAAGCACAUGGUCAGAUCUUUUUAUGCUGGGUGUUGCACAGUGUUCAAGUUCUUUUCCCUUGUCACCAUUAUUGACACUUGCUGCUUCACACAUGGAACAAAGUGAAGGAGGUGGAGAUCGAAAGUCUCCUGUGCAAACUAAAGAACCAAACAUGGUUGAGAAGAUUAUGAGUGUAAAGGACCUCUUGUUUAGUCUUGAAAAGCUUGAGUUGGAUUCUGUGGAGUAUGCAUUCCUGAAGACAAUAGUACUUUUCAAUGCAGGUAUGCCAAAUACUUCUAACUUCAUCAAAGUGUAAAUGUGAUCGUAACAAAAGUCAUACCAAACAACAAAACUGGAGAGCCUCGCUGUGUUGUGUAGUUUGUGUCUCAAUCACUGAAUCUUAAUAAGACACAUGUCAUGCCAGAUUCUUCCUACAUGACUUAUAACACUAAUUUCCAUGUUGAAUUUACUCAUGUAUUGCUGUAAUGAAUGAUUUGCCAUUUUGAGUGUUACUUGGUUUUAGAAUCUGAGUAGUAAAGAAAGCGUAACACAAUAUGUGGAAAUCUGCGGGAUGAGUUCAAGAGUAUAUCAUGUUAUAUUCCCGUUAGUUCGGGUCUUUGGAGACGAUAAUUGCAAUCAAGUGAACAAUUUUCUAUUUCUUGAGUAGAUUGAAUUAUUGAUAGUUUAUUAAAUUUCCUAUCCCUUUGAUUAGUUUGAUUUGAUUAUCUUAUCUCUAAGUCAAUCUAAUGCACAUGUUCUCUUUGUCUCUUUCACAGACUGUUCAAGUUUAAAAAAUCCUAAACAAGUUGAAAGACUUCAAGAAAAGGCUCAUUGCGCCCUUAAACUUUAUGUUGAAAAACAGCGCCCAAGCAAUCCUGAACGGUUUGCAAAGAUACUUUUACGGCUGCCAGCUACUCGGGUUCUCACGCAGCGAGCUGCAGAGGAAUUGUUCUUCUCGCCGUUGAUUGGAACGGUCAGAAUCGAGAGUAUAAUGAACAAUAUCAUCUCAAACUCUUUGACGUUUUAACAUUAGAUUCGUUCGCCAAUAUUAUACAUAAAAUUUUGAAUAUCACAUUACUAUUUCUCAAAUACGCUACCUUAAAUAGGGCUGUUCCAUGACAGACCCUGGAUGCUACAGGCGACAAACAGUUGCCUUUUGUCUUUUGGUAUAAAUUUACUUUUAUGAGAGCUUCUAAGUGCCGGGCACCUCGGAUUUCUGGUUUUAGAGUCUUCUCGUUUCCGUUGAUUGAUUCUUCUGAAGGGUAUAGGUUUGUGAACUUAGGCGCGUCUCCUAUUUGAUGUUCUUUCUAAAGGAGGGUAAGUCGCUUCGCUUAGGGAAAUUUUGCAUACUAGUUAUAGACAACAAAAAACAGUGUCUCGACAAACCGAAACAGAAAUCCUGGAGGGAUAUGGAUUACUGGCAGAUGCAUGCAAAAUUUUUGGAAUUGAUGUCGACUUGUGUGACAGUGUCACCGAUCGUCCCUUCUUCUAGUGCUCGUAAGUUGUCUUUGUCACCGAAACUGUUGCCUCUAGAGGGUAAGCGCUAAUCCUGAAAAAACAAAACAAAACAAAACAGAAAACAAGACGAAGAAAAUCAAAAACGUAGGGUGGAUUAUGUCGCACUACUUGUUUCUUCAAUGCACUUUUUCAAGCCCUUUAGAUUCUUUUCUACAGCGCUCUUGCAGCAUUCUUUGUUAGGAAUUUUGAAGUGCUAAAUGAACGUGUUAGGAUCUAUAGAACGAUGGUUCUUUAUGUAUAUAUUGUGUACCUGAGUCGAUUUCGAGUUUACAUGGGAACGUUUCAUGAGAGAGAGAUUACUUUUUGGUAAACUCACGAUCACAUCCCAGAUGAGGGUGAUUUUCGAGCUUAAUUUUCAAUCAAAAUAGAAAUUAAGAAAAUCGGAAAGAACUAUCAUCGACGGUAAAUUACAGUUUGGUUUUCAAUUUUGCAAUUCAUUGCCUAAUUGGCCCAAUUAAGCCCAAUAUUUAAUAUUUAAAUAUAUGGAGGUAGCUAGUUAUUAUCGACUUCAUAAUGAGCUAAAACCCAAAUCGGCCUCUAUCUUUUCUUUCGGCCGAAAGAAAUAGGUAGGCAUAAUCAUAUUGAGAAAAAUUCAGACAAAGCUUUAUUUAUUAUGUUUAGGAUCGUGAGAAUAAUUUUAAAUUUAAGUACAAUGAAAUACCCGGUGCGUUGCCAUAUCCUUGAUCACGUAUUUCUUUUAGAAAUGAAUCAGCUUUUGUCUCCUGCCGGGGCAACUCCUUAACUCCGUUUAGCUGGGUUUUAGUGGAUUACAGUGUCAUUUGAGAAUCUUGUAGGUCAUAGCCCCCUCUUUAGAAGACAGGGAAAAAAAAAAGAGUAGAGCAAAAUAAUGAUAUUCCGCUUAAUUAAGAGUUGUACAGCUUGGUAUUACUGAUAGAGUAGUAAAAAAAAAUUCUGUUAUUAUAAUUUUUAUAUAUUUAUUCAAUAUAUCAGAUGAAUUUAGUCAGCUAUAUAUAUUGUGGAUGCCUUAUAAAAAAAGUAGUUUCCGAAAUCCAACGCUGUAAAAUGUUGUUUCUAAAAUAUUUUAAGUUAAGAAAAUAAGACGUUGUGUUCCAAUUUAAAAGCAUAAAAGCAUUUCUCCACAUUUUUAAACUUGAAACAGUUCGAUGUAAUUAGUUAUCAGUUAAACACCGAAAGCGUGAUGUCAUGUGUGCGACAUAACCUCUGUAGUUCUUAAAUGUCUUAAUAUUCUGUUCCAAGUUGAAGAAAUAUUUUUUGUAGGUCCACCUAAUCUCGGAGUCGAUAUUUAGAGAGGAUCGAAAGUUUUCUAAGUUUUCUUCCAGAGAGUAAGGAUUCACGAUUACUCCUAUUGCUUACAGUUAACUGAUGCAGCCACGGUUCAGUGAUAACUGUUAGAACUACAGACUAUUAAAAAUAUUGGCUGAAUGACUU